AUGGCGAGAGGUGGAGGUCGCCGCGGGAAGAGGGGAGCCGCUGACCCGAGCGAGACGCAGGAGGCGCCAGAGGAAGAUGACACAGAGCAAGAGGCGCCCCCUCCGCCACAGAAGAGGAAGAUGCUUAGCAAAAGCGACACGGUCUGUUGUGGCUCGUGCGGCGUGAAGCGCUCCGACCCGAGCGCGCAAUGGCCUGAGGUCCCCAACGAGACGGGCGAGGUUGAACGGGUUGGCUCUGCGUGCAUUCCGUGCUGGGACCCGUACGAGAGAGUCUUCAAGCACGAGACCUCAUGGACCAAGCACUGCGCCAAGCUGAAGGGCGACAGCAAGUACAAGAAGCGGGUCGACGACGCGAAGGACAUCUCGAAGAAUCCAGAGAAGGCGGCGUUCGACCAGGAGGAGGUCAACGUCGUUGUCGAGCAAGGCUACACUACGAUAGGGAACUACAUUUGCAUGAAGCCCGAGCUGCUGGAGAAGCAGGCUGGCGGCAACGUCACUGUAGGGAUGGCCGAUAUCUCGACCCAGAAGGUCUUGGCGCCGCUGACCAAGCAGAAGCUGACGGCCGUGUGCGCCGCGCACCCCGAUAAGCCGCCCGUGGAGGUGCAGACUUUCACUACCGUGAAGUGCCAGAAGGUCGCGUGCACGCUACCUCGGAGGGCAGCGCUUACAGACACGCAGUCACAGGUGGAGAUGAAGAAGGCGCUGGCCGAGGUCACCAAGAUGUUGCCAGUCCCGUGCCGCGGCCACGUCAAGCCGCCCGAUAUCGAUUCCUUGGUGAAGCAGCUGCAGGGGGCAAAGUUGGCGCGGGCUGCUGGCGGAGCUGCUCGCCCUGACGGUGGUGAACAGGUGUCCGAGGCGGCGGCGGCCCCCGACGAGGGUGACGACGAUGAGAGCUCGGGCAAGGCCAGCAACAGCGAAAGCGAGGCGUCGGGCGCGGCUCCAGCGGCGGGGCCAGCCGCCAGCGGUGGCCGACGUGGUCCCGCCAGUGUCGCGCCCAGCUGCAUGGCGCGCGCACCGCGGCAGUGGUCGCGAGGUGCUCGGUCAGUCGCCGCCAUGACCGUCGUCGGCAGUGCCGCGGGAGGUCGCCGAGGCGGAGGUCAGCAUGGCACUUCCCCUGCGGCCUCGGCAGAGAAGCUGCGCUUGGACGAGCUUGUCCACGAUAACCCGCUUGCCGCCAUCCUGGAGGGCACCAAGAUGGGCGACCGCACUUGCGCCUUGCGCCGCUUCAACCCCCAGCAGCGCGGAGUCGAGAUCAACAGGGCAAAGCACUUAGCCAAAGUGGACGCGGCGAUCGCUCUCCACAAGAACCUCGCUACGAUGACGCCCAAAGACAGGGCGACGCAGUUCGAUAUCAUCGGUGAUAGUGACGUGUUGGACGCCAGCACUUUCCUGGACCGCCUGAUUUGCAAGGUCGUGUCGGAGGCCGAGGCUGGCGACGACGUGGUCAAGGCGCUCUUGCCGUGGGCGCCCGCGGAUGCCGACCAGGGGGCCGUGUUCCAGCUCAAGCGCCCGCGGGUCCACCUCCUGCGCAUGAGCAAUAGUGAUAAGGCCAAUGCUUGCAGGGAUAUCUUCCUCAACUCGUUCCUGGCAGAGGUGGUCGCCAAGGGUGAGGCGUCGGUCGGGAUCGUGAGGAGCUGCGCGAGAGAGUUCGUGAGCGAAUGCAGCGUGGUCUUGGGGGACAAGGAGAAGUUCCCCGAUUGGGUCAAUAUCGCCGCGGUGCUGCAGGUUUGCGCUGAGGCAUUGCUCGUGAUAUCGGACUCGAGCCCUAAGGCAGCUGAUAUGGUGACUGACAGGGCGGCGGUAAGGAAGAUGUUGAACGGCACAUAUAGCAAGGAGUGGACCCUUUGCCGCGACAGCUUGAUGUCCGACCCCCACUGGGCUCGCCUGACCACCGAGUACCUCGAGCAUGCCCUCAGUGACUUGCAGGUCGGGCCCGAGAUCUUGGCGGCGGUGGCCAAGGUGAAGUCCAACCAGCUUGACUCUGCGGUCACGGCAUCGCGCAAACUGAAGGGGUGGAUCGACCGAAGCCGCACUGGUGGCGUCCUCGAGUUGGAGACGGCCUUCGCCGAGUGGGUCGUGCAGGCCACCUCCGCUGCGGAAGAGCACUCGCUCGGGUACGACGCUAUUGGGCAGAUUCGCGAGGUCAUAUCCAACCUGAUUGCGGCCUCCACUGCGAAGAAGGCGAGCGGCAUUUUGGACACGGCCAGGCUGACGGCAUCAGAGGAGGCCAUGGAGUUGACCCAGACCAAGCUCGGCUCCGAGAGGAAGCGCGACGCGGUCCUGAACCGCAUGAAAGAGUGCACCAAGGAGGAUGGCGAUGUCGGGGUCAUCGGGUCGUUCGAGCUGAGGCAGGCGCUGGACGAUCUUAAUGGGGAGGUCUUCGCUGGCGAGGCCACCGCGAAGCUCUUCGAGGACGGCGUGGCGGACCUAGCCAAGCUGAUCGUCACCGCCCCGCCAGACGCUCUCGACGCUGAGGACGUCGCCAAGAUCUCGCAGACCGUGGAUCUCGCUGCCAAGUGCGCCGACAUAGUGCAUAGCGAUUCUCGCACCGCCAAGUUGACGACCAUAUCGGGCCUCCUUGGUCACUACAAGCUCUUCUGCGACGCCGCCGCGACGAGGAUCUCUCUGGCGGCCCUCGGCGACGUGGGCCAGCAGGUUGCGCAGAAGGGUGGCCGCGAUAAGUGGACUCUCUUGGUGGCGAGCGUGAAGGAGGCGGAGAAGUCGCCGCCAGAUGGCACGGCGAUCGGGCAGGUCGACGGCUUGGCGACGGUCUCGGAGAUCAACGACUUCUGGGCUGCCCAGAUGAGGCAGUGCAAUGCUGACAUCACGGCGUUCGUCGAUGAGGUCGGCAGGUCCAUCGAGUUCGACCUCCAGCAGCUCCAGGAGACGAUCACCAAGCUGCGAGGUGGCAUGGAUGACGGCAGCUCGUGGAAGGCAGCGCUGUCCGAAGAAGCAAGCUAUGACGAGGUCGCCGCCCACGCAAGGACUACGCUCUUCCAAGGCAAGCGCGGCAAGCUGCUGAAUAAGGCGCUGGCGGACUACAGGACACUCGCUGAUGAUGCACGCUCGAAGGGCAGGAAGUUCAAUAUCAGUAGUCGCGUGAACGGCCUGUUGGAGCCGUUCAAGGACACGCUCGCAGAGGCAAACACUACGGUUUCGGAGGCGGCCCUCAUGCAGUUGAUGAGGAAGCCCGCAGAUCAGAUCAAAGACGAGGUCUCGAACGAGCUCGACGCAGUUGCAGAUCGCGGCGUGGCCGCAAACAAGCUCAUGGCUCAGAUCUUUGAGAAAGCAUCCCAGAUCAAGUCUGCCUAG